AUGAAGGUAUUAAUUAUGUUUAUUUUUCUAACAUUUUUGAUUGGAUGGUGUAAAGAAGACCCCCAAAAUAGAGUAACAAAACUGAAUUUCAAAUCCGAUAUUGAUGACCCCAUGACUAUCGCAGUUGAAUUAGGUGCAAUUGAACAACUACUGAUUGUAAUAGCUGAUUUAUCUCGGAUAGAUGAAUCAACAGCUGUACAAUAUUAUGAUUUUAGGGCACUUUUGGAAAGACACCUACCAAGAUUUAUCCCAUUACAGUUAGUGGAUGAAAAUGUUAUACAGAAGUAUAAUCAAAUGUCUAGCUUGACUGAACGUUCUGACAGCACAAAGAUAAAUGGACCUCAUGAAAGCUUUAACAGGAAUACCUACCGUCCUCCUUCAAUGAUUUCACCUAACAACUAUAGCAAAGACAACAGGUUCACAAAUGGGUUAGGAU